GUGGCCGGUAGUCAAGCGGUGGCCCAAAAUGUAUACCACUUUCUGCGAGAACUGGGCUAUCGGUACGAGUCGUACGUAUUUCAUAGCCUAUCGGUAGGCGGCUAUCAGUCGGGCGAAGUACUCCUGAAACUCGUCGAAAGCGCCGAUCAGUCUGUGUUUGACAAAACGUGUCGUUCCCUGAAAGGCAUUGUAUACGACUCGACGGUAUUCCCAUCGGACGCACCGGUAGGUAUGGCAAAGGCGUCUACCGCUAAUCCCGUGCUCCAGACGCUCAUUGGAAAGAUGUAUUGGGACGAGAAGUGUAAGCCCUGUGCCGACGACGCCAACAAAUUUCCGCCUAAAAUCAUUGGCGCCGUUAAGACGAGGCCCGGGAUGUGGUAUUAUUUUGAUAGAGACGGCAAAUACUGCGCCCGUAAGGACAAGGAUGUCACCGAGUGUACCGACUGGAAGGACAACAAAGAGGCGUUUGGCUGCGACGCCGACCCCUCCGACGAGAUGCAGGAGCUCUGCGAUAAGCCUACGAUCAAAGCGGCCGGCAAUCACUGGCCCUUAAUAUACGUAUUCCGGGGUCAGCGGUACUGGCAGUUCGACAACAAGGAACAGCCGGGCAAACCACUCGGCAAACUACUGUCGGGUCCGCUACCGGCGCGCGACAAGUGGCCGGGCAUUCACCUGCCGGGCGGCCAGAGUUUCCACAAGACUGCGAUGGUUAUGGUGUAUAGGAAUAAGUGGUCGCUUUGGCAUUUGGGUAAAGACCCGAAAGGGGAUGUGUUUGAUGAGCCCAUACUGGAUAAGGGCGAUGACGACGACGAGGACGGGGAUGUGAAGAAUGCCGGCGCCCUCAUCAACGUGGAUGUGGCCGGCGCUCGAUAUGCGAAGAUAAAGGGCGAUGAGGUCUGCAAUCUGCAGAUCACGUACAACCAGUCCGUGUGGAUCGGCGACUGUCGUAAGGUAGUCAUCGAUGCCGAACAGUUCCCGCCCAGCAUUGUGGCCGCCAUUAAGGGAAGGGAUCAUCACUGGUAUUACUUCAAUGAGAAUGGAAAACACUGCAAGCGGAAGGAGGGUGCGAGGGAACAGUGCACGGAUUGGAAGGGGAACGGUAUCCUAUUUGGCUGUAACGCCAAGAAACUGAAAUCAGACUUGGAAUCCCUGUGCGACAACGUGACCAUCACGUCGGGCGGUAAUUACCCGCCGUUUGUCUACGUAUUCCGGGGCCGGAAGUACUGGAAAUUCAACGGCCAUUACCCGAAACCCGGCAAACCUUUCGGUGAGCUCCUGAAGGGUAACCGUCCCUCGAAGGAGGAGUUCGACGGCAUACAUAUGCCGGGCGGCGUCUCCUUUAAUAAGAACGCCUUCGUUGUGGUCUAUAAGAACACGUGGAGUCAGUGGAAACCCAAGGGCUCUGACGCGCGCCUACACAAGAAAAUGAGGAAAAACGACAAUGAGAUCAAUAACGCGCCGAUAGGGACGGCCACUAUGGAGAUCAUAGGUGAGCCGGACGACCAGCCCGAUGGAGAUGCUGUUGAUAGGGGAGCGCUGGUAGCCCUGAACGAGAAGAAGGGCAGGUAUGCCGUGAUUAGAGGUCAGGAUAUUUGCUAUUACGCGGUGACAGACUCCAAGUGCUCGACGGUCGGGAAGUGCGUGGAUUUGAGUGAAGACAGGAAUAACUUCCCGCCGAAUGUGGUGGCGGUGCUGAGGGACAGGGAUAAGAACUGGUACUUCUUCAACACCAACGGCAAGUACUGUAAGCGUAAUAAAGCGGACAAGAAGAAGUGCUCGGACUGGAAGUCCAAUGAGGAGGCGUUCGGGUGUCGCGUGAAAAGCAAAGUCUCGUUCGUGCAGUCGCUGUGCGGGAACGUCCAGAUCAGCUCCGGGACCAACUUCUCGCCCUUCCUGUACGUGUUUAGGGGCGCGAAGUACUGGAAGUUCAAUAACCGGCCCAAAGCGGGCAAACCGUUUGGCGAUAUCGUUGAGGGCGGGAAGUUAGCCGCCGACAAGUGGCCGGACAUACACUUCCCGGGAGGGGUCGGCUAUCGGAAAACCUCGUUUGUGAUGAUCUACAAAAAUAAGUGGUCGCUCUGGAAGAAGUCGGUGGCGUCCGUAUUGGAUGAGCCCAUAGGUGUGUCCACUGAGGGCAGUACCGGUGCUGAUGAUGAGAAUGAUGUGAUGGUGAAGGCGUCGGCCGACGGCACGCUUGAGGAAGAUAUGGCCGAUGGAGACGCCGAUUACGAGAUGGACAGGGAGGAGCCCUUCAUUGUGGAUAAUACGUUAGAUGGUUAG